AUGACCGGAGUUCCCUACAGCACAGGCUGCUCUCUCUGCCUUGCGCGCCGCGUCAAGUGCGACGAAGCCACCCCCUCCUGCACUCAAUGUCUCAAAUAUGGCCGUCCGUGUCCAGGAUACACACGAACUUUUCGAUUCCAAGACGAAGGACCACGUCUAGAGCGUCGACACGCUUUGUCCGCGGCCCCCAUUACCACUACCAGCAGUAGUAGCCCCAGAAAACGGAACAUAACCACCUUGAACCCAGCAUCAGGCGCCGCAGCGGCAGCGGACGUUCACGAUCAUGCGCUGGCAUUGAUGCAUCGAGGGCAAGUGCACGCGCAGCAGAUGCAGCCCCACGGGCCAUCAAACGCCGGCAGCCUCUACUGCAAUUCCGGCCUCGACGCUUUCCUAUGCCAUGACAUGCAAGCAACCCUUCCUAUAACGGACAUCAACACCCUACUCCGCACGAUCUUCCACACUCACUACCACCACAACCUCUUCCGACUGCCCCACGAACCCGACGCCCGUCAGUUGAGGAACAUCGCGAACAGCCCCUUCCAAUACGCCUCCACCGCAUGCCUCCUUAGCAUCUACCAAGCACAAAUCUCCAACGACCCCACGCAGCUCGAAACCAGCCGCGAACUCUACGCACAAGCCAUCCGCGAAGUCGUUUCGGGGUUAUACGGCGACGCAGCGCUCAGUGUGGACAUGCUAAGCGCGACAAUGAACCUAGCGCUGUAUGAGAUGCUUGCGCGCACGAGCCCGGGGGCGUGGGUCGUGCAUGUGGAGGGCGUGAGGCGGUUAAUGAGGAAUCAGGGGGCGGAGGGUCAUGUGGGGGUACUGGCGAGGGAGAUCUUUUUGGUGUUUAGGGGUUUUUUGGUACUAGCAGCUUUCGAGCAGCGAGAGAAGUGUUUUUUGGAGGAGGAGGAGUGGAGGGCGUUGAGGUGGAGGGUUGCGAGGGAGGAUCUCGCCAGGGCGGGAGGCGGAGGGGGGAUGGCGAGGUGGGUGGAUGUUGAGGAGAGAGUGUUUGGGGAGGUGGUGAGGUUGCCCGGUUUCGUUGCAGCGGGAGGAAGAGGAGGAGGGGAGAGGCUGGGAAGGGAGAUGGGACAAACGAGGCAGAGGUUGGUGCAGUUGGGGAUGGAGUUGCGUGCUGGCAUGGAGGCUGAGACGCCCCAGAUUAGGGUUGCGGGGGUCACGAUGCCGGAUCGCGGGCCCGGGUUGCUGCUGCAGGGCGUGGAGAGUGCCGUGGCGCUGCUGGACAGAUUGCUGGCACGAAGGCACAGCGAUGGCCGGUUCAGGCCCUUUCGCCUGGUGUGCGCGUUGAACGAGGGCCCGGCUGCGAUGCCGCCCAUCGAAGGCAUCACUUGGCUGGACCAGCUGGCUUCGUCUUUUGGGAUGAUCGGGGUGAAGGUGGUGGAUGGUCAGUGA